UGCAGUUCAAUUUAAUCUGGCAAGCACAUAAUUGUGACCAUGUUAGUGUACUAUAACGACAACAAAUCGCAGUCCAUGUACGCGUGGAACGCCGUGGAGGUACUCGUCGACGGCCUGCUGCAGCUGGGAAGAGUGAUCAAUGUGGUGAAGAAGGGUCUACUAAUUGACUUUGGCUGCGCUAGUCACCGCAAAAAGUUCUUCAAAUGGGAGCACGUCUUCCACGCGACGCGAGUCUUUGAUCCUUUGGAUACUCUCCUAGACCCAAAUGUCCAGGUUCUCCUCCGCGCCGGUGCCGACUGCCCCUGGAAAUGGUAUCCCGGGAUUGCGUUGUCGCCCGGGGAUGAGCGCUCGUAUUUAGCUAACUUAUACAUCGUGGAGGCGCAGCUCCCCCACGGCACCGUCCGGGAGCUGCUCCCCCGGAACCAAGUGCGGCGUCCACCCUCGGACGCCGACUUGGUUAGUCGCCGCGUGCAGGAAAACGACUUUGUUCUCCGUAGCUGUCCCAUGCCGUCAGCGUGGCCCGGCGCAGCAGAUCUGCUCCGCGAGAUUUUCCCAUUAAUCCUGCCCCGAGCGCGGCGAGUGUUGUACAGGAUGGUGCAGAAUGAUUCGUUACUGUAUGUUCAGCUUGGAAGCGACUGUGCCCUGCUACCGAAUGAACUGGAAGAGCUGUUCCAUCGCACUAAAGAAAAGCUUGCUGGGGUUGGCUUCCCAAACGACGUAUGGGUUCGGACCUCACUGGGGCGUCAGCUAAUUGAUGGAAGCCUUCCAGUCGCUGGACAGCGGCAGCCGCACCCGGUGCCGUCGCACCUGCCCCUGUGGAACGCUCUGCUCACCACGGAAGCCGACUUCCCCGAUGUGCGCGUCUCCGGCCGCAAAGAAGACUGUCCCUUGCCCACGAUGCAGCCCUUGUUCUGGAUGUUGACCUGCCUUCUCCACUGCGUCAACAGCAACACCAAGACUGUGGUGCUCAUGCACGCGAAAAUGGAUGAGUGCGAGGACGCGGCCGCGAUGAUCCGUUUCGUGGUCGGCCGCACCGGUACCCUGGUCUUCUACCGGAAACCUUGGGGGGAUUGUUGCGGAUCUGCCGAUGUGCGCAGCGAGCGGUAUGGAUAA